UGAUUGCACGAAAGUCUAUGGAAUUAUUUGUUUGUGAUGUGUUAGAUUGUAUUUUGUUCAGAUGUUACGUUAUAAGUUGAUUUCACAUUAUCAGGCAAUCUGUGAAUCGCUAGUAAAGGAAAGAAAUAGUUGAAAAAGUGGAGUGCAGUGCGCAUUUAUGGGAACGUCUACGUCUAGGAGAAUGGACGAUAGUGAUUCGCGAUCGAGAUCCGACGAUAGUUCAGAUCAAGACUCAGACUUAGCAACCAUCUUGCAAUAUCUGAUUAGGAGCCAUUACUCAAUAGAGCUUCAAAUGUUUUGAAGAACUGAAGCUUUCCUACAUGGUAAUCCCUGGAAAGCCUAAGACUAAAUCUUUCUGAUGAUGGCAUCCGCCAGCGGGACUGUAGUACUGUUUUUCUGGCGAGGUGGAAUGCAGAGAGUCCGUGUGUUCCACAGCGGCCAAGUGCACAUCAUCUCUUCUGAACAGGACGACAGUGAUGAUGAAUUUGUUGCUGCUGCGACUCCUCCAAGGAUAGAUCCAGAUCCCAACACAAAAAAUUUAGAUAAAAGCGAGUUUAGUCUGACUACAAGACAGUCAUGUGGCCUAUUACAUUCCAUUGGGAGGAAGCGGCCGAUUUCUGUUGCUGCCAUGAUAAAUGCAAGAGAGCGUGGUAUGCCUGGCUCAGAGGCCUUCACAAGAGGAGACCGCUGCAGGAUUGCAAAUUCAUAUCUUCCUAACAGGAUGAGAACUGUUGCAACAUAUCAGAGCAAGGCUUUUUGCGGUACCUUCUCUCAAGAUGGAAACAUUUUCCUAAGUGCUUGUCAAGAUCGCAACCUGAGACUUUAUCAUACAAGCGAGGGAAAAUUUAAAUAUAUACGUUCAAUACAAGCAAGAGAUGUAGGCUGGAGCAUACUAGACACUGCUUUUAGCCCAGACAAUAACUACAUUGUAUAUUCCAGUUGGUCAGAAUGUUUGCAUCUGUGCAAGUUGUAUGGAGAUUCUGAUAAUCAAGAUGCACUGCCCUUAGGACCACAAGAAAGACGUUUCUGUAUUUUUUCUCUCACAUUCUCUUGUGAUGGACGAGAAAUACUUGGUGGAGGAAAUGAUGGCUACCUUUAUGUGUAUGACAGAGAGUGCAACCAGAGAGCUCUGAGGAUAGAGGGUCAUGAUAAUGAUGUAAAUACAGUUGCUUUUGCUGAUGAUACAUCACAUAUUUUGUACAGUGGAGGCGAUGAUGGGCUCUGUAAGGUUUGGGAUCGCCGAACUUUAAGUGAACAAAAUCCUGUCCCUGUCGGUGUUUUAGCAGGCCAUAUGGAUGGCAUUACAUAUAUUGAUCCAAGAGGUGAUGGUCGGCAUUUCAUUUCCAACUGCAAAGACCAAAGUAUAAAAUUGUGGGAUGUCCGUGUAUUUUCUGGCAAAGAUGGUCAGGAGAAUACACUUAAGGCUGUGGCUGAUCAAAGUUGGGAUUACCGAUGGCAGAAGGUCCCCAGGAAAUUGCUCAAUCCAAAGAAACCUUUGGCUGGUGAUACGUCUAUAAUGACCUACAGGGGUCAUACCGUCUUGCAGACAUUAGUAAGAUGUCAUUUUUCUCCUGCUUUUACAACAGGCCAGCGAUACAUAUACACAGGCUGUGCUGCAGGCAGAAUAAUCAUUUAUGAUGUGCUGACGGGCCGUAUUGAGAGCAAGCUUGCUGGUCACCGUGGCUGUGUGCGUGACGUUUCUUGGCACCCAUAUCGGCAGGAAAUUAUGAGCACUUCAUGGGAUGGCUCUGUGGCACAGUGGACAUAUUGUGCAGAAUAUGAUGAUGCAGAUAUAGAUGGAGCAUCAACAGACACUCUUGACGAUGAUGCAAAAGAUUCAGAAAAUGGGAGAAGACGACUGCGACGCAGCCAGCGCAUUGCACAACAGCGAGCACGACAGCAGUUUGAAAGUAGUAGUAGUGCUGGAUCCUGACAUCUUUGUCCAUAGGACAAAAGAUUUUGCACCAUCAUGUACAUUACAUUCAUCUUCAUGUGUUUUCAUUUUUCUCACAUCAGUCUUAAUGGGCAGCAUAAAUAUUUUUAUUUGGUUUUGUGAAGGGCUGACUUUUUUGUUUGAGAGAAAAGACACUUUCAAGAAUUUACAUGGGGAAAAAAUUGACUUUGUCAGCAGAAAGUUUAUUUCAGUUUAUGUCUGUUGGGGUUUUCGCCAUGGAUACAUAACUUAUAAAAACAACACAUGUAUAAGUUUCUUUUAAAGUUAUAAUACUCAUUUUUGUGUUAUGUGUGUCAAUGUGCAAAAAUUGCAUUUUGGAAAAUUUUGAUAGGUGUAAAGCAAUACGAGCUUUCAUUGAAUAUUACUUGCCCUUUGAUAAUCCUUGAUAAACAUAGUUUCCUGUUGACUAUACAUACAUUACGCUGUUUAUUUUUUAUGGAUCUACAGUUAGUUAAAUUGUUAUAAAAAUUAAAUCAUUUAUAUUUUUGUCUUAAUAGAUAAUUUUAAAUUAAUCUUGUCAUGUAGCAAAGAGCAGAUUACCACCUUAUUCAUUUAUGCAAAUAAUCAUCUCGUUUCCAAAUUAUCGUUUAUUAUGCACCCCUAAUACAUGUCCUGUGUCUCUGCCCUAGAUUCAAAAAGAGGAAUACUUAUGUAUAUAACUACCUGUAUAUACCCACAUAUUGUAACACACAUACAUAUGCAUAAUGUAAAAGUUAUUUUAUGUACAGCAAACAGAGCUGUUAACUAGGUUUUUCAGAAUGAGAAAUAAAGAAUUUGAUUUGUA